AUGGAAGGUUCACUUAAAAUUGUGGACCGUGUAAAAAGUAUAUUCAAGUUAUCUCAAGGUGAAUAUAUUGCACCUGAGAAAGUAGAAGCAGCUUAUCAACGUUGCGGAUUAUUAAAUCAAAUAUUUGUAGAUGGUAGAAGUGAAAAAAAUUUCCCAGUUGCUGUAGUUGUCCUAAAUUCUACAGAAGUACGUUCCUCUCUAAGCGCUGGUAAGGUGCUGCAACAUCAGAAAUAUUCGGACUCCGAACUUAACCAAAAUGAAACGGUUAAUAGUUUUGUUUUGAAGAAAAUGAAUGCUACGGUAACAGAUCUGAAAGGUUUUGAAAAGGUCCAGGCAAUAUAUUUAUCAGACGAGCCGUUUACAGUAGAAAAUGGCCUAAUGACUCCAACAAUGAAAGUAUCACGUAAUAAAGCUCGUGUCCAUUUCGCAAAAAUAAUAGAUGACUUAUACGCAAAGUAUGAACUUAAUUCUGCUUCAAGAUAA